AUGACAAUGCGCUCUGCAUCGACUCGCGCAGUGGGCGGUUUCGUCUGCCAGUCCUGCGCCGUGAUCCCGCGCUCCGCAGGCGCUGCCAUCCCACUUCUCGGCCGAUCAUUGAUUGCUUCCAGCAGCCGACAUGCGAAGAAACCACCGACGUGGAAGAAUACCAGUCUUCGCUGGUCCAGCAGCAGUGUUGCCACGCCGCCAAACGCAGGCCUGAACCAGACGGACGCUGCUGCCUCUGCCGCCGUCGGCACCAAAGUCCAGCGCAUCACGGACCCGACCGAGCUCGCCGCCCUCGCCGAGGACAGCAGCAAAAAGUUUCUGUCCGUCGACGGCAUCCCCGCGAAGCAGCUGACGACGGCGGCGCUGCAGUCCUGCCUGCGCGCCGCGACCGCCAUCCACCCGCAGCUGAAGCGCGCCGAGUCGCAGAGCAAGGCCUCCGCCUCGCGGCUGGCCUCCCUCAACGCCGAGCGGACGGGCUCCAAGCUGGCCAUCGACACGCGCAUAGCCGACGCGACGAACCGCAUCUCGUACGCCGCGUGGAACAUCAUCAGCAACCCAAACGUCGAAAUGGCGCCCGAGUUCCUGGAGGCGUACGUCCGCAUCCAAAACCAGCUGGGCCGCCCCGAGUCGCUCCCGGCCGUGUUUGAGCUCUACGCCAAGAAGAGCAAGCCUGUGGUCAAGAACGGCAUCAUCGCGUACCAGCGCUCAAACCCCAACGCCGCCUCGCGCGCCGUCGAGACGGCGGUUGUCAACAUGGCGUUGCAGACAGCUAUUGAAGCCAAGAAUCUGGAUGCGUCGCUCGGUAUUAUCGAGGCCGGCUUCUGCGUUCCCGCGUUCAAGCGCGCCAAGCUCAUCAAGCACGGCACGGCGCCCGCCAUUGGCCUCAUGACACUGCCCUUUGGCAUCAUUGGCCUGUCGACUGCCUACGCCGCCUACUGGCAAAACACCAUGGACGUGACGACCGCCACGGCUAUUGGCGCUGCUGGCAUCUCGGGCUAUCUCUUUGUCGUCGGCUCGCUCGGCAUCAUUGCCAAGCUCAGCCACAAAGACCAGAUGAAGCGCGUCACCUGGACUCCUGGUACGCCGCUGCGCUAUCGCUGGAUGCGCGAGGAGGAGCGCGCCGCCCUGGACAAGGUGGCCCUGGCUUGGGGUUUCAAGGAGCCCUGGAGACAUGGUGAGGAGACGGGCGCGGACUGGGAGGGUCUGCGGGAGUACAUGGGCUACCGCCAGAUGCUCCUCGACCGUGUCGAGUUUAUGGACGGCAUGAGCUAG